CAGAGAUCAUUUCAUGUGGACAUGAGAGAACAAAGAGGUCUGCUGUGGAUUUUGCAUUAUUAACCAAUCAGGAGUGACAACAAUGACAGCAUCAGUCGUCCUCUCUCCCCUCUCUCACCUGGUGUUCCUGGGUCUCCUGGCUCUGUCUCACCUGGAUGGAGAGUUCACCUGUCGUCUAGGGACUCCAGGAGAAUGUGCUAAUUGUUCCUUUGUGCCUGGCUACAAACUGGCUGGGAUGGGCUAUGAUAUUGUAACAUUGAGACAAAAACGGGCCUCUGUGUUUGAUGUCAAUAGUUACUUGGCUAACUCCUGCACGGUUUGUGUUAACCCACUUAUGGGAGGUCAGCUUCAGAAACUCCCCCUGCAUAUGAAGGACUGGAGGGCCGAAAGUGACUGCAAGAGGAAUACUUUGAGUUCCUACUAUUACUCUGUCAGCUCUCUUGUAGAUGAUAUAGCCUUCUCUGUAGAGAAUGACUGGAAGGCUGGGCUAAAACUGGAGAACAUAGACCUGCAGUUAGCAGGCAGCAAGUCCAAGGUGCACGGCUUUGCAUCCUCACACUCAAAUGCAGACAAGUCUUCCUUCUCCUUUCAGCAGUUGACCUGCUCUGUCUACAGUUUCAGUGUGCCUGCUAAACCCCCACUUAGCCUGGAUUUCCAGCGGCGCAUAGCUUCUCUGCCACAGGAUUACACAUCCAACAGUGAGGCGUACAAGGACAUCAUUGAUACCUACGGAACCCACUACAUCAGUGAUGGGGGCCUCGGGGGGAUGAUGAAGAGGGUGACUGCCAUUCGCACCUGUCUAGCAACCCUAAACAAGGUCUUUGUGUCCGAUGUGGAAACAUGUCUGGGUAUGGGGUUGGAAUUGGACGUGCCUGUAGGACUGCCCAUAGACUUAGGGGGGGAUUUUUUGGGUGGACAAUGUUCGAAGGUCGCUAGCAACUCUGACAGUGCAACAGGGUAUAGCAUGGGCUUCUUAAGCCACCACACGGAAGUGAACGGUGGGAAAACCUUAAAUGGAGUAGCUUCUAUGAGAAAAGCUAAUGUAGAUAGUUUCUUGAAAUGGAUGAAAAGUGUAAAUGAGUUGCCAGAAAUGGUAUCCUUCUCCCUGCAGCCUCUGCAUCAACUGGUUGAUGACAAUCAGACGAGCGCUGAUCUACAAACAGCUAUCAGUCAGUAUGUGAUCAGCAAAGGGAUUAAGAGAAAAAAGACAGAGCAUCAAACAUGUAGGGGUUCACCCAACCUCUCUGCUGAUUGCUGCCCCCUGUUGGCAGGGAGAGGCAGUCUAACAGUCUUUGUGGACCGUGGGUUCAGUCUGAGGGGUGACGGGAUGGCCAAACCAGAGGGUUACGUCAAACUGUGGUGUUCAGGUCAGUACAGGCAGACCCGCUGGAUCACUACCUAUGAUCCACUUUGGCAUACACAUUUUGACUUUGGCUAUGUAAACACCCAGUCCCCUCUAGAGCUCCAGGUAUGGGACAAGCACUCAGGAGAACGUGAAGAUGACCACCAGGGUGGGUGUUCUGUAAACCUGGAGCAGGGGAGCCACGGGCAUAGCUGUGGACUCAGUCAUGGGAGUUUUGUAUUCUCUUACACAUUAACUUGUGACAAACACCUGACUGGUGAUAAGUGUGACCAAUACUACCCCUCCCCAAACUAGAGGGGGAAUCAAAAGUGAAUAAUCACAGUUAAUCCAGAACUAAAAUCUUGUGUGAUUUGUUACGUAUUCUGUCCACGAGAGAUUAAUAGCGACAGAUUGCAAUGGGAUGAUAAUAUACACUACUGUUUAAAAGUUUGGGGUCACUUAGAAAUGUCCUUGUUUUCGAAAGAUCAGCAGUUUAUUUGUCCAUUAAAAUAACAUA